UUCGAGUGCAGAGCCAUCUUCCAGACCGGAGAGAGCGAGAAAAGGAGGGGGGGCACAGGAGCAAGAAUUUGGGGGACCCCGGCUCAGAUUGUCGGCUUUUUUAAGGCAUUUUGGGAUUCAGAACGAUCAGAAGUAACCGUAGCGGGAACAGGACGUACGCCUGGAAAUCAGGACUGAGAAACCGGUGGGAGAUCGCGGGAGCAAACACAGUGACACGCUGUUGUAGAAGAAAGAAAUAGGAGAGGGUAUCUGUAGUAGUACAAUCAAAAAUACAUAGCUAACCUAGCCAACCUAGCCAUAUUUGCCGGUGAACAAAUGUCAAGCCUGUCUUGCGUGGUUGAUGAAGUCGAUCAGCUGAGCUUCGAAGCUUUGUUAACUUAAGUAUCCAGCGACAAUCACGACCUCACUGAAUAAAGUAGAGCCGCGGAGAGGAGAGCGUUUGUUUUGAGAAGCUACUUGUGUGUUCAGCCUAGAUUUGGGGAACAAGUGUUUCCUUCCUAACAAAGCUUUGUCAGCGUUAAAAUUCCCUUAAAUACCUUCUGGACUUAUCGGAGAACAUAAAACGUGUGUUGACAAGUCAUAUCAGCUCUCAAGGGUGUCAUGAAACGCUUUUAUGGCUGAUUCGGAUUAGCAAACUAGCCAGCAGCAGCUCCAAAACUAUUUGCUAGUAGCUAACUAGCUAGCCGCUAGGAGUUAGCUAGUUCGCUAGCUAACCUAACUGGUCGUCUCUUGUCCGUUUGUUUUUCGUUUGAACAGUCUCGAAACCUCCUAUACGAGGCAUUCUAAUAUCGGGGAGUGGAUUAGUUGAUUUAAGCCGGUCGUGUUUACAGUAACCAUAGGUCGUUGUUACAGGAAGGGCCUGUUUUUCUUCCCCCUCCUCACCGUUCGCUCGAUGUUUAGCUCUUUAUUUAGCCGCAGCUAGUUUCGCUAGCCGAAGGAAGAGCUAUUGUGGGACACGGGCGAGAGAGAGAGAGAGAGAGAGAGAGAGAGCGGCUCAGCUGAGUGGAUAAACAGGAGAAAGGGGGUCGCAGUGCAGGAAGAAAAUAGUUAACUUUCUCGAGCGAGUUUGCAAACAGGUCCUCAUCUCUGAGUAAGUACUUUCGUUUCACUACAACACUAACUGCAUCGACAGUAUGACUAGCUUGUAGUGCAGCAUUUAGGGGGGUGGGGGGUGGGAAACUUGACAGCCCUCAGUGUAGGAGUCUGAUAGCUCGUAAGGAAAGGCUUAGCUGAGUUACUCUUUAUCUGCCAUGCAGAUUUGCUGACAAAAAGGUCCAACGCAACGAAACUUGAACAUGUUUGUAACGUUAGUGAACGAGCCCUGGGAUCAACUUACACAAAUUAGUUCCUAAUCAUGAUUAUAAUAGCAGAAAUGUUCUUGCAUUUAUCUGCAAAGAUGAAAAGUGUUAUUCUACUUUGCUCUCAUUGAGUCCAAGUGUAGCCCUAUUGUCUGCUCAGGACAGAGCUUUCACUAGUUGUGCACAUUACAGCUAGAUGUUCGUCCUGUCUUUCAAGCUGUGUGUAUGGGUCAGGGUUUGGAGUACUUAUAAGAUCUUAAGCAGUGGGAAUACAUUCCAAAAACAUGGAUUAACCUUACUUUAAUGCAGCCUAAGGAUCAGAUGUGACUGUUGUGGUGUGGAGUGAAUGGAUGUGCUUUGACACUCGGUUCACGUUGUCACCAUUAAUAGCCCACAUUUGACUGAAAAGAAAAGGCAAAAAAAAAAAAAAAAAGAAAGAAAGAAAGACUUGCUUUGCUUGAGAGACUUGGGAGAGUUUCCUUGCUGUGUUUUGGUUCUCUUCACCUCCCCCUCCCCCUCCCCCAGCUGCAACUUGCCCAGUGGAAGUGUGCUUCGCUCAUGCAGGCUGCCUGGACUCCCUCUGUCAGCUGCGAGCUGUCCUCCCAAAGCAGCAACUAAUUCCCCGUUGUUGAAGUCCUCAGCUUUUUUUUAAUUGCAACCAGCGAAUGUAAUGGAACUAAUGUUCGCCGAGUGGGAAGACGGAGAGAGGUUCUCCUUUGAAGACUCUGACCGUUUUGAAGAGGAUUCCCUUUGCUCAUUCAUAUCAGAGGCAGAGAGCCUCUGUCAGAAUUGGAGAGGAUGGAGAAAGCAGUCCGCUGGCCCGAAUUCACCCACUGUUAAGAUUAAAGAUGGACAGGUCAUCCCGCUGGUGGAGCUGUCGGCCAAGCAAGUGGCAUUCCAUAUCCCAUUUGAGGUGGUGGAGAAAGUCUAUCCUCCAGUCCCUGAGCAGCUUCAGCUCCGCAUUGCUUACUGGAGCUUUCCUGAAAAUGAGGAGGACAUCAGGUUGUACUCUUGCUUGGCCAAUGGGAGUCCUGAUGAGUUCCAGCGUGGUGAGCAGCUCUAUCGGGUGAGAGCUGUGAAAGAUCCCCUGCAGAUAGGUUUCCACCUCAGUGCCACUGUUGUCUCACCCCAAGCUGGCCAAUCAAAGGGUGCCUACAACGUGGCGGUCAUGUUUGACCGCUGCCGGAUUACUUCCUGCAGCUGCACGUGUGGAGCCGGGGCUAAAUGGUGCGCCCAUGUUGUGGCGCUUUGCCUCUUCAGGAUUCACAAUGCAUCUGCUGUGUGUCUGCGCGCCCCCGUUUCAGAGUCCCUGUCCAGGCUACAGAGGGACCAACUUCAGAAGUUUGCACAGUACCUCAUUAGCGAGCUACCACAGCAAAUCUUGCCCACAGCCCAGCGUCUCUUGGACGAGCUUCUUUCCUCACAGUCAACUGCUAUUAACACAGUAUGUGGAGCUCCAGAUCCUACAGCUGGACCUUCGGCCUCUGACCAGAGCACCUGGUACCUGGAUGAGUCUACCCUCAGUGACAACAUUAAGAAGACACUGCACAAGUUUUGUGGCCCUUCACCUGUAGUGUUCAGUGAUGUGAACUCCAUGUAUCUGUCCUCCACGGAGCCCCCUGCCGCAGCUGAAUGGGCCUGCUUACUGAGGCCCCUUAGGGGCAGAGAGCCAGAGGGCAUCUGGAACCUUCUAUCCAUCGUCAGGGAAAUGUUCAAGAGGAGAGACAGCAAUGCUGCCCCUCUGUUAGAGAUUCUCACUGAGCAGUGCCUCACAUAUGAACAAAUCAUUGGUUGGUGGUACAGUGUACGGACGUCUGCAUCCCACAGCAGUGCCAGUGGACACACAGGCCGCAGUAAUGGGCAGACGGAGGUGGCAGCUCAUGCAUGUGCCAGCAUGUGUGAUGAGAUGGUGGUGCUUUGGAGGCUGGCCGUGCUUGACCCCACCAUGAGCCCCCAGAGGCGUUUGGAGCUUGCUGCCCAGCUCAAGCAGUGGCACCUCAAGGUGAUUGAGAUUGUGAAGCGUGGACAGCACCGCAAGUCCCUGGACAAGCUCUUCCAGGGUUUUAAACCAGCCGUCGAGUCCUGCUACUUCAACUGGGAAGUGGCUUACCCUCUGCCAGGCAUUACCUACUGCAGCACAGAUAAGAAGAGUGCCUCUUUCUGUUGGGCCAGGGCAGUGCAGCAGCAGAGGGGGGCCAAGGUAGGGACAAGUGGGGAACCUUUAGAGCCUGGAGGAGCAGGAGGAGGUGGGCGUGGUGGGGGAACUGAAGUAGGAGGUUCUGAACACAGAUCACGUAGCAGCUCUCACACACCUCAGCAAGAAGUGGCUGUGCGACCCAAGGAGACCAUUGUGAGCAAGAGGAAAGGCAUGUCAGGAGUCAACAGUGGAGGAAUGUUGGUGCGGUUAGGUGGUGGAAUGUCCUUGUCUUUAGAUGAAGGUACAAAGGGCACAUACAAAGCUGGUGGUUCCUCAUCUUCAGCUAGCAGCAAAGCCAAACUGACCCAGAGCAGCAAGAGCUCAUGUGGAGGCUCUGGUGCUGUUGGAGGGAAGCACCCCAGUGCUAAGCGGCGCACCAGUAGUGAGGACAGCUCUCUGGAGCCUGAUAUGGCUGAGCUGAGCCUGGAUGAUGGCUCAAGCCUGGCCUUGGGAGCAGAAGCAAGUAACACGUUUGACUUUCUGCCACCACCGCCGGAGAUGCUGCCCUCACCUAGCCCUCUGCUCCGAGAACCACGCAAGUAUAGUAGCAGUAGCAACAGUAUUGCCAAGGACCGCACAUUUGAGGGUAAACGUGUCACGCACUCAGCAAUACCACUGGCAGCAGAUGGACCUCACUGCUUCUCUAAAGAGAACCCCAUGGUAGUAGCAGUAGAGAAAGAAGUUGAUGUAGAAGCAGAACUUGAGGAAAAUGGAGCUGAUGAGGAUCCAGUAGACGAUGCUAGGCCCUCUACAUCAGCAGCUAUGGCAGUCCCCGUCACAGCCAAGGCUCCUCGAGACCGGAGAGAGGGUGAUGGAAGCAGCACAGCAGGGACUCCUGGCCCACAAGGCCCAGAAGCAGCAGCAGCAGCUGGUGGGGACCCCGUUGGUGAGGAUGACUAUCAGGCCUAUUAUCUCAGUGCUGCUUCUGAGGAGGGGGCAGAGAGAGGAGUACCAGACAACAACCAUGAAGAGGAACCAGACAUAUUUGCUGGGAUCAAACCUCUGGAGCAAGAAGGGCGAAUGGAGGUGCUGUUUGCAUGUGCAGAGGCCCUGUAUGCUCAUGGGUACAGUAAUGAAGCAUGUCGUCUGGCAGUGGAGCUAGCAAGGGAUCUCCUGGCCAACCCUCCUGACCUCAAGGUUGAACAGCCACAGACGAAGGGUAAGAAGAGUAAGGUGUCGACCAGCAAGCAGACACAAGUGGCUACCAACACCUUGUCUAAAGCAGCCUUCCUGCUGACAGUCCUGAGCGAGAGGCUGGAGUUCCAUAAUCUCGCCUUUAGCACCGGCAUGUUCUCCCUGGAGCUCCAGAGACCUCCAGCCUCCACCAAGGCCCUGGAGGUGAAGCUGGCGUAUCAGGAGUCAGAAGUAGUUGCUUUGCUGAAGAAGAUUCCUCUUGGGCUGGUGGAGAUGACCGCCAUAAGAGACAGAGCUGAGCAGCUGCGUGAUGGAAACUUCUGUGAUUAUCGGCCAGUUCUGCCUCUCAUGUUGGCCAGUUUUAUAUUUGAUGUUUUGUGCACCCCUGUGGUCUCUCCGACGGGUUCCCGCCCACCCAGUCGAAACCGUAACAAUGAGAUGCCAGGUGAUGAAGAGCUGGGCUUUGAAGCUGCAGUUGCUGCCUUAGGUAUGAAAACUACAGUUAGUGAAGCGGAACAUCCUUUGCUAUGCGAGGGCACUAGGAGGGAAAAGGGAGACCUUGCUUUGGCCCUUAUGAUUACCUACAAGGAUGACCAGAGCAAGCUGAAAAAGAUUUUAGACAAGCUUCUGGACCGUGAGAGUCAGACUCAUAAGCCUCAGACGCUGAGUUCGUUCUACUCCAGUAAGCCAGCCACAGGGAGCCAGAAGAGCCCAUCAAAACACACCACCCAUGGGACUGGUGGAGCUGCAGGGGGUGUGUCCAAACAUGCAGCACCCACAGCAACGGGAAGUUCAGCUUCUGUGCAGGGUGUAGCCAGCGGAGGGGCGACUGGACAGCAAAGUGGGCUUACAGGCAGUGGUGUCCAAAGCACGGCAACAGGAGAAGCAGUUGGCGAGAACCGAGAACAAGACGGAGCUCAGUCAUCCUCAUGUGAUCAGCAGAAUGAGGUUGCCCCCUUUAAGCCUGAGGGUACAGUGCCCAGCCGUCUGGCGCUUGGUGGGCGUGGGGCCUAUGGAACACGCUGCUGGGGCUCACCUGUACGGCAGAAGAAGAAGCACACAGGUAUGGCAAGCAUUGAUAGUAGUGCUCCUGAGACGACCUCCGACAGCUCCCCUACGCUCAGCCGACGCCCACUGCGAGGUGGGUGGACAGCUGCCUCUUGGGCAAGGGGUCAAGACAGCGACAGCAUCAGCAGCUCGUCUUCUGAUUCAUUGGGCUCUUCGUCAUCCAGUGGGUCACGAAGAGCUGGAGGAGGAGCCCGAGCUAAGAGCACGGACACCAGCAGGUAUAAAGGGCGUCGUCCUGAAUGCCACGCUCCACAUGUGCCCAAUCAGCCGUCAGAGGCGGCUGCUCACUUCUACUUCGAGCUGGCUAAGACCGUGCUGGUAAAGGCUGGAGGAAACAGCUCUACUUCCAUCUUUACUCAGCCCUCUGCCAGCGGGGGCCACCAGGGACCCCAUCGCAACCUGCACCUGUGUGCCUUCGAAAUUGGCCUGUAUGCGUUGGGCUUGCACAAUUUUGUGUCUCCCAACUGGCUGUCCAGGACGUACUCUUCACAUGUGUCCUGGAUCACAGGCCAAGCUAUGGAGAUUGGCAGUGCUGCCCUUAACAUCCUUGUAGAAUGCUGGGAUGGUCACCUCACCCCUCCAGAGGUGGCAUCGCUGGCAGAUCGGGCGUCACGGGCACGGGACCCCAACAUGGUGCGGGCUGCAGCAGAGCUUGCGCUGAGCUGCCUACCUCAUGCUCAUGCCCUCAACCCUAAUGAGAUCCAGAGGGCGCUAGUGCAGUGCAAAGAACAGGAUAACGUGAUGCUGGAGAAGGCUUGUAUGGCAGUAGAAGAAGCUGCGAAAGGUGGAGGAGUAUAUCCUGAGGUGCUGUUUGAGGUGGCCCAUCAGUGGUACUGGCUGUAUGAGCAGACUGUGGGUGGAGGCUCAGCUGGACAGAGAGAGGGGCCAAGCCGAUGUGGGGCCAAUGGUGGGGCGGGGCGGAGGCCUCCAGAAGGGGGCUGUGGUGUGCUAGACAGCGCUGGAGCCAUGGACUCAUCAGGUGUAGCAGCAGUGACCGCGUCCGUGACUGCUGCUGCUGUGGUGCCCGUCAUCUCUGUGGGCUCCACCAUAUACCAGUCCCACACGCUUCCUGGCUCAGCAAUGGCUCACACGCAGGGACUACACCCCUACACAACCAUUCAGGCCCAUUUACCCACUGUCUGCACCCCACAAUAUCUGGGCCACCAGCUCCCGCACGUUCCUCGCCCCGCUGUUUUUCCUGUUUCUGGUUCUACCUAUCCACAAAGUGUCUCUGUGCUCUCUCAGGGAAUGCACCCUGCAUUUAUUGGUGCCCAGUACCCGUUCUCUGUGGCCUCUGGCCCUCAUCCCCCCAUGGCAGCAACUGCAGUCACCUUCCCAGGAGUUCCUGUACCGUCCAUGACACAGAUUGCCGUCCACCCCUACCAUACUGCAGAUGCAACCUUGCCCCUCAGCACAACUGUGGCAGUAGGUGGAGUUCACUCUGGCUCCACCAUCCAGGCGAUUCAGGGGGCCUCUCUUCCAGGCCUUUCCUCUCAGCCAGCCUCUUUGGUCAGCACGCCAUUCCCUGUGGAAGAUGAGCAGCACAGUCAGCCAAUCAGCCAGCAGGGUCUGCACUACCUGCAUUCAGCCUACAGAGUUGGCAUGCUGGCUCUGGAGAUGUUAGGCAGGAGGGCUCACAAUGACCAUCCCAAUAACUUUUCCCGGAGCCCCCCAUACACGGAGGAUGUCAAAUGGCUGCUUGGACUUGCUGCACGACUUGGUGUGAAUUAUGUGUAUCAGUUCUGUGUGGGGGCUGCUAAAGGUGUGCUGAGUCCAUUCGUCCUACAGGAGAUCAUUAUGGAGGCUCUGCAGAGGCUGAAUCCUGCACACAUACACGCUCACCUCCGCACUCCUGCCUUCCACCAGCUUGUGCAGCGCUGCCAGCAGGCCUACCUACAGUACAUCCACCACCGGCUAAUCCACCUGACCCCAGCGGACUACGACGACUUUGUGAACAUCAUCCGGAGCGCCCGUGGGGCCUUCUGCCUGACCCCAGUGGGCAUGAUGCAGUUCAAUGACAUCCUACAGAACCUGAAGAGGGGGAAGCAAACCAAGGAGCUGUGGCAGCGGAUCUCGCUGGAGAUGGCAACGUUUUCGCCUUGAGCGCUCCACAUACCAGCUGGGACUCCACUGCAACUUUGAGCCCAGCCCAGUCUGACCCUCAGCCCCCCUACCAGGUCAUGUCCUGCACAAGCCCAUCACUGGCAGCACAAUCAGUCCUCUUCUUGGCCCUGGGACACUCCAGGAUGGUAACCAGUGUGCAAUCACGUGGAGUUGCCAAGGCCUGGGAGUAAUUCAAAUCUGAAGGGUUCCUGCCCUUAAUAAGUUGUCGAGCUCAUUGUCAUGUGUGAUUUUUUUUUUUUUUUUUUUUUUUUUUUUUUUGUGUGUGUGUGUGUGUGUGUGUGUGUGAUGUCGAGUAACUUAUGACUAGUGUUUACCCUCAGAAUCUGUCCUUUUUCCCUUUUCACUGAACUACGUUGAUGCUCUGUGUUCUCCUCCCUUGGGUUUGUUUAGAUGGUUGAAAUUGUUUUUUUUUUUUUUCCCCUUUUCUUAUUUUUCCAUUUGUUUUCUUGAUGUUCGUUUGUUCAAAUUUGAAUGAAACCACUAAAUGUCAGACUCAUACUGCAACAUUCCUCUGCCUUGGAGGAGUGAGCCUCCACCGGUCAUGAAAGAUUUAAACUUUGGAUAUUUACACCGUGUACAAACGAGGGAAAAAAAAAAGUUUGUUAAAAGAAUUAAACAGACAUUUAAUAUGAAACAAUAAUCUGAGUACGGGUGAGGAUUCUUCUAUGUUUUGUUUAUUCUUUGUUUUUUGAUAUUUUGUAUAGUAUGGUGUGUCUGCAGAGAGCGGUUUGGAGAAUAAGAGAAUGUUAAGUGACUGCUAUGUGAGUUCCUAUUUCCAGUUAGCUGUCGGUGGCAGGGGCUUGAGAGUUUUGGAACACAGAGGUCUGGCUGGACCAGAUAUCUUUUUUUUUUUUCUUUUUUUUUUUAAGUUUAAAUAAUUUGUGAAACACGAAGAGUUAUCAGUAACAAGUCCACUGCCAGCUAGGCCGUCUGUAUAUCGUUUGACUUUUCAGUCCUUAAAUCGGAAGGAUGUGUGUGUGGUGUUUUCUGUUUAUAUGUACUUACUACCAGCAAGUAUUUGUGCAUACACAGACACAAGCAGUAUUCUCUUUUCAAAUCUAAAUUGACCUCUUUUUGUCUCUCGUGCUCAUUCUCGCUGAUUUUUUUUUUCUUUCAUCCACUGUAGUAGCUUCUUCUGGACAGGUGGCCCAUCAAAGGCAUCGCCAAAUCCCUGUGUUCCACUUUUAAGUCCAGUGCUAGCUUUGGGACUCACUAGUAGGGAGUGACUGUGUAGAAAAUGUACUGUGAUAUUUUUGUAUUCUUCAAAGUGUAGCUUGGUUGGGAAAAAAAAAUAUGAAAAUAUAUAAACUGUGCUGAUUGCAAAAGGCUGUAAUCUAGACUUAAAGGAAAAAAAAAACUAAAAAUGGGACAGACAAAAAGCAAUAUUGAAAAUGUAGAGUUUACUUAAUAAAGAUAACUCAAAACACUAA